CAGAUUUGUUUUUGACAUAUCCAAUGUUAUAUGAUAUACUACAAUGGAAAUCUUUUGAAACUUGUUUUAUUUUGUAUGUUUUAGUUAAAAAUCUAAAAUAUCGAAAAUGAGUUCAAAGGAUAAAGAUAAUAAAACUUUACACGAUAAAUUGAAGCAAUUCUUUCGUAUUAAUAAAGGAAAUUAUAAAAGUCGUGAAGAUUUUACAUUGUCACAUGACAUUGAAAAAGAAAUUAGUCCUGAUAGUCCAGUACAUCAUCGUACAAAAGUUAUUAAAGAUUUGUGUGAUGCAGUACUUAAUCAACAAUGGGAAGAUAGAGCAGCUGAACGUUUAUGGAAUUUAGUUCAAGAUUUAUUGGGAAAGGAUAUACCACGUGAACAUAGACAUGUAACAUUAAAUUUUUUAAAAUGUCUUGUGCAAGGGCAAUAUUCCAAAUUAUCUUCUUUAAUGCGAGUAAAAUUUUUUAUGGUAGUAAAAGAUCAUAAUAUUCCUGAAGACAUUGGUCCUAGGUUAGAAUUGCUCCAAAGUUUAACAGAAAAUGGAAAAGAUAUUUUACAUUUGGAGGAAAGAAUGGGCCCAUUUGUAUUAGAAUGGCUCCCAACAGUAACUAAUGAUGAUGGUAAACGGGGUGCUGAAUUUCUAUCACUCUUAGUUAACAUUAUAAAGUUUAAUUCUGCUUACAUCGAUGAACAUAUUAUUUCGGGUCUUAUUCAGUGUAUUUGUCAUCUUUGUUAUUAUAGUAAUAACACGGAUGUAGUCUCAGGAUGCUUAGAAGUUCUCGAUGCAAUUGUAUGCUACAAUAAUUUACAAUCAGAUUCAUUACAGAUGUUUAUUAUAGCAUUAUGUAGAAGUGUUAAUGUUGAAACAUAUUGUCAGAUAAGCUGGAAAAUAAUGAGAAAUUUGUUGGGUACUCAUAUGGGACAUUCUGCAUUAUAUACAAUGUGUCGUUUGUUGCAAGAUACAAAUUAUCAACGUGAUGUACGGCUCCUUAGAGGUGCUGUUUUUUAUGUUAAUAUGGGAUUAUGGGGUACACAUCGAAUUCCUAAAUUAGUUUGUACACCAACAUCAGUUUUGCCUUCAUUUCAUCAGGCUCUACAAUGCAAUCAUCCAAUUGUUAUGUAUGAAGUUACAUUAUCAAUUCAAAGAUUAGUGAAUAAAUGUGGUGCUGAACUUCAUGAACCUACAUGGAGUAUUAUUCUUGAUAUCAUAGAAGAAAUAAUAGUACAUACUGAAACUAGUAAUCAACCAGCCACAAAACAAGUAUCAAUAAGUUUGCAUGAAACAAUAAAUAAUAUUGAAAAUCUACUUGAUAUUAAUCAUUACAAUGGUUAUGUACAAAGAUUUUAUAAUCUUGUAGAACGUUGUAGUAAUGUACGCUCUGAAUCUUCAGUUUUAAAAUUAAUCGAAUAUAGAGCUUCUAGAAUAAAUCCUAUGCAUCAUCAUUGGCAAUCUCGACUAUUAUCAUUAAUGGAACUUUAUUAUAAAACUGAUACACGUACUAAUAUAAGAGUAAAAGCUCUUGAUGUAUUAGGAAAUGUCAUUCAAGUUAAUAGGUCACAAUAUGAAGAUGAGUUAAUAGAACGCAUAGUUGUGCCAUAUUUGCAACAUGUGGAUAUGGAUCCAGAUAUCACAAUCCGUAAUGUUGCUGCAUAUCUUCUUGUGGACCUUUGCGUAGAAUGUGAAACAAAAAGAUGUUUGGAAUUUUUAGAUAUAUUAGAGAAGAUAAUUAAUAAACCAUUUACAUCAGAUACAUCAAUAUCGAUUGAUGCUGAUAUAAAGGAUGUAAAAACAGCUGUUGUUGGUAUAAUAAAAAUACUUUCUUUCAAGAUGUAUCAUUUGCCAUCAAGUCAUGCUAUUUGUGCUUACAAAAUUUUAGUAAAUCAUCUUGAGCAGCAUUAUAAAGAUCCUUCUGUCUUCCAUAAUAUAUCUACAAUUAGAUAUUUGAUUUUUGACUGCUUUUUAAAAAUCAGAGCAGACAGUUUGUAUCAUCUUGGUAUCCUGGAUCCAUCAAAUACAACAAUAAUACGUUACAGUCCUUAUUUAGUAUUGGAACAUUCUCCAUCUGAAAGAAUGAGUAAUGCUGGUGGUAGUAGCAGUCCUCCACCUGCUAGCCCUGCACUAUUGCAGCAUAUUUCUUGUCAGAUUACUCACAUGUCUUUAACAUAUGCUUGUAAAGCUGUUAUUUCUUGUAUAAAACAAGAAAAAGAUUGGAAAGUUUUACAACUUGUAUUAAAAGAAUUACCACAAGUUAUGCAAAAUAGAGCUUUGAUAUUAUCUUGGCAUAAUAGUGAUAUUGAUUUCUUUGCUACAGCAUUGUGUUCCAUGGUUAGUGAUAAAAAUUUAAGACUACCAGAAUCUUUAUAUAAUGUACCACUUAAGUUUACUCUUUCUGAAUUUCGAGUUUAUGUCUUUCCAGUAUUAGCAUCUUUGGCUUCAUAUCAUGCUCACUUAGAACCUAAUUUACAACAAAGACUAAUAAAAUGUUUGGAGAUUGGUUUAACAGCAAAAUGUGCUAGUCAGUGUGUUACUAGCCUCACAACUUGUACUUUAGAAAUGCGUGGUGCUAUGAAUAAGCUUUUAACUGAAGUACUUUCAAUCUUAACAAAAAUCUCAGCUACAGUCCAUAUUGCUAUUCCUAUAUUGGAAUUUUUGUCUACUCUUACUAGACUACCAAAGGUUUUUGCCAGUUUUAUUGGAGAUCAGCAUAUGUCUGUAUUUGCUAUACUAUUGCCAUACACUAAUCCAUUUAAGUAUAAUCAUUAUACAGUGUCAUUGGCUCAUCAUGUAAUAGCUGUAUGGUUUUUAAAAUGUAGACUGCCAUUUAGAAGAGAUUAUGUUAAAUUUAUUACUACAGGUCUUCGUGCAAAUGUGAUAGUUCCUUUUGAAGAAGGACAUUUGAUGAAAUCUGAUUUUAGUUCAAUUAAUGAAGAUUCUUCAAAUAGAAAGCGUAGUUCUAGUCUAACAGAGCAGGGCAGUAGAGGUAGAAGAGAAAGACCAAUAAUGACCAACCGUAUGAUAGGAGAAAGUAGAGCCUUAGAUUUGAAACCACCAAUUGAUGAGGCAUUAAUGAAUUUUCACAUUGAACUUACAGAAACUUGUAUCGAUCUUAUGGCUCGAUAUACUUUCUCAACUUAUUCUGCUCGUCCAAAGAGAUUACCAGCAGCAGAUUUUCUUCUUAAAGAAGGUCAAUCUAUGACGUGGCUUCUUGGUAAUAGACUUAUUACUGUUACAACAAGUGGCUGCAGUAAUAAAGCAAUGCGUGGUGGUUUAUGUGACAAUUGUUGGGUAGCAUGUAAAUCCAGGCCUCAAUCACCUGAACAUAUAAAGUCUUCCCAAACAAAUUUACGCAGAUUAUCUAGUUUGGAGACUGGGAAAGAAGAAAAAUUGUCUAGACAAUCUUCUGGUGGACAUGGAAGUUCUAAUGCAAAUGCUACUGCGAAUUGUCCAAUUGAAGAAUCUAAAAAAUCAAUAGAUGAUAUUGAUAAUACAAAACGAGAAAUUCUCAUAGAAAAGAAUAAAAAAGAUCAUAAAAAGCAAUCAAAAUUAGAACAAAUACUUGAAAUUAAAAAAGAUGAAGAGCAUGUACUUUGCGCUUGCUGGUGUCAAGGUUGGGCUGAAAUAUAUGUGCGUAGACCUACAGGUGAUAUGUCCUGGAUUAUGAGAAUUCAAAAUUCUAUGCAAUUUGAAACUCCAAUGGAUUUUCCCGUACAUGACAUUAUGGCUCUUUAUAUGCCGCUUCCAAAUGAUGUAUCAACCAAACAACAAGAAUCUACUGUAGAUUACUCAGGAGAUGAAGCAGAGGAUGGAUUAGAUAAAAAUGAUUUUCCACAAAGUGAACAAAGUAGUAUAAUGAAAUCAAUGACUUCUUCGUCUGUAUCUUCAGGGCCAAUUGCAAUACCCAGUUCACCUGCUCGUCCGAGUCCUUCGCGUCAAAGUUCACAAGACAGUUUUGAAAGUUUAGAGGAAGGAGAAGAUGAUAUUAUAGUAGAUAUCAGACGGGCUCGAAAUCCAGUACGUAGAUCUAACUCAAGUCCUGAAAUGAGUGCUAACUGGAAAAAUCCAUUUUUAAAUAAAGAAAAAAUUAAUUUACAACAAUUUGAUAAAGAUCUGUCUACUAUGGAUAUAGACAUUAAAUUAGAUGCAGAAUUGAAAAAACAUGUAAAAACUACUUUUUCAAAAGACAUGAGAGUAAGUUGUGAAGCAAUACCAGAAGAAAUGUUUAGCUUGGGCACUACACCUCCAUCAUCAGAGAAUACUACAGAUCAUCCAAAUACUUUACGAUCACAGCGUUCGUAUCCGGGAGCAAUACAAGCCACGCAAAUAACAACUACCAGUAAUACUGUACCACCAUCUCCUACAACUGCACAGGCACCUGGAAAUUUUUUGACAACACAAGUUCGCACAUCGCAAAUCCAGUCGACAGGAACAAAACCUCCGCAAUCGCCUACACAAGUUUAUUCUCGUUUGGUCAAUUAUGAUACUAAUCAGAAACAGAUACCAAUAGCUAUUGAAAAUAAACCUCCUAUUGGAAGAAAUCUACUUAUCGAUAAGAAAGAUGAAAGGCCGGAUCCCUCUGCAUUACCACCUUUACCAAUACCUUUUCGUGAUAGAGGACAUACUAUAUCUGUAAUGAGUCCAGUUACGAAGUCCCGUAAUGAAUGGAAUACUGCUCGUCGAGGUAAUUCACCACGUAUUAAGGAAUCCCCUCGAACCGGUAUUAAUCCUAGUUUUGUAUUUUUACAAUUAUAUCACACUGCACAUUUUGGUACUACAACAGAAAAGCCUUUAUUAGUCCCUCAAACAACUGCUAUACAAAGAGCAGUAACAAAUUUGGAUAGAAUACAACCAUAUGAAACACAUAAAAUUGGAGUAUUAUAUGUUGGUCCAGGACAAGCUUCAAAUGAGGUUGAGAUUUUAGCAAAUCAGCAUGGUUCUGAUCGAUACAUGAAAUUUUUAAAAGAUUUAGGAACUUUGAUACGACUAAAAGAUGUAGAUGAAAGUGUAUUUUUAGGAGGUUUAGAUCGCAAUGGCGAAAAUGGAAAUUUUGCAUAUAUAUGGCAAGAUGAUGUUACACAAGUUGCAUUUCAUGUAGCUACAUUGAUGCCAACAAAACAAAGUGAUCCAAAAUGCACUUCAAAGAAACAACACAUUGGAAAUAAUUAUGUAACUGUUGUUUAUAAUGAAUCCGGAGAGUCGUAUAAUAUUCAGACUGUCAAGGGACAAUUUAAUUAUGCUUGUGUUGUGAUCCAACCUUUAGAUCAUGGCACUAAUCAAGUAACAGUACAAGCAAGAGAAGAACUUGCAGAACAUAUUGGUCAUAGUGAACCAAAAAUUAUCUCUGAUGAAAACCUAGCUAUACUUGCACGUCAACUUGCUUUACAUGCAAAUCUAGCUUCGAUGGUAUCUUCUUCCUUAAAACAAAACAGUCAUAAUCCAUAUGCUUCCAACUGGUUGGAACGUUUGAGGCAUAUUAAAAGACUACGAAACAGAGUACUACAAGAAUCCGUAAGUAAUAAUGCUGAUGGUAAUUCAGAUGAUUUGUCACCAAGAUCUAAUAAACGAGUUUAUAUGGAUGACUUUACUGAAUAUACUACAUAAAUUUAUUAAAAAAAUUAUGUUAUAAAAAAAUUAAGUCAUUAAAUAUAUAUCUAAUAUUUA